UUUUCACAGCAUUACCAGUCCCAGUAUAAAGAAAGCAGGGCACAAAGCUCUUUUCCAGUUUGUACAGAGAGAGAGGGAGUGUGUGUGUGAAGAAAGUCGCUCAACAAUGGCCAAUGCCUCACUGUAACGUUAUGGAGUGAGAACAAAAGCGGACGAUUCUUUUUCCAUACAUUUCCAUGCUGUUUAUCUGAGUUGAGGAAUGGCGGCGAUUGAAAGCUCGCUGGCCUUUUCCGUGGCGUCGGUGGUGGAGGAUGUUCUGCAACAGCACGGGAACCGUUCGCGUGGGCUCGAUUUGGAUGCUCGCAAGGCGGAGGAAGCUGCGAUAAGAAGAUACGAGGCUGCCGCGUGGUUGAGAAAGCUGAUUGGAGUGGUGGCCGCUAAGGAUUUACCGGCCGAGCCUUCCGAGGAGGAAUUUAGGCUCGGGUUAAGAAGUGGGAUAAUUCUCUGCAAUGCACUUAACAAAAUUCAGCCUGGAGCAGUACAAAAGGUAGUCGAACGUCCAUGUGACUCCACGAAUGUUCCGGACGGUGCUGCAUUAUCUGCUUAUCAGUACUUUGAGAAUGUGAGGAAUUUCUUAGUAGCGGUUGAGGAAAUGGGAAUGCCCACUUUUGAGGCCUCUGAUCUCGAGCAGGGAGGAAAAUCUUCAAGGGUGGUGAACUGUGUUUUGGCUCUUCAGUCCUACUGCGAGUGGAAACAGACAGGAGGAAAUGGGGUGUGGAAAUAUGGUGGAAAUGUGAAAACAAACACAUCCGGGAAACAGUUAAAUCGUAAAAAUUCCGAUCCAUUCUCAAAUUCUCUAUCAAGGAGUGUCUCGAUGAAUGAGAAAUCUCAGAAUGGUACAUGUCUAGAGACAGCUGUUAAUAGAACGUCGAAUUCUUCAAUGAGCAUGCUUAUUCGUUCAAUAUUAUUGGAUAAGAAGCCUGAAGAAGUCCCUAAUCUUGUUGAGUCUGUAUUAAGUAAGCUUGUUGAGGAGUUUGAGCAGCGCAUUGCAAGCCAACUUGAAUUGAAGAAAGCCAACUUCCGGGAUGCCACAAUUUCCCAUGGCAACAAAUCUGUCUUAAAGCUUCCUUCAGCCAAUGUGAAGAAUGUUGCAACAAUGAGGAGAGACGAUGCACUGCAGAGGAAACACAUUGAUGAAGAAUUAGAAGGUCGACUCAUAAAGCAGCGAUUGAUCAUUGAUCAACAGCAAAAAGAUGAAUUCAUAAUGAGAGAAAGAUUGAAAUUGCGCUUUUAUCAUAUAUUUGGUCUAGGUGCUGAAGCAGACUCUUUCUACUACAAAAGCUUGUAUGCAGUUCAUGCAAAUGAAAUUCCAUGAAGAAAUUCACAAUAUUGGUCUCCACAUUCAUGGACUUGCCCAUGCUGCUUCAGGCUAUCAUAGAGUUCUGGAGGAAAACUGCAGACUUUAUAAUCAAGUACAGGACCUAAAGGGAAACAUUAGAGUUUACUGCCGUGUCAGGCCAUUCCUGCCCGGACAAUAUAAUCACUUGAGUACUGUUGAUCACAUUGAGGAUGGGACUAUUAGUAUAAGCACUCUUGCUAAGAAUGGAAAAGGGCGAAAAUCCUUCAACUUUAACAAAGUCUUUGGGCCUUGUGCAACUCAAGAGGAGGUCUUUUCUGACACCCAGCCGCUUAUAAGAUCGGUCCUUGAUGGUUAUAAUGUCUGCAUUUUUGCUUACGGCCAAACAGGAUCAGGAAAAACAUACACUAUGACUGGACCUAAGGAUCUGACAGAGCAUAGUCAAGGAGUGAAUUACAGGGCAUUGCGUGAUUUAUUCUUCCUUGCUGAGCAAAGAAAGGAUACUUUCUGCUAUGAUGUCUCAGUUCAGAUGAUGGAGAUUUAUAAUGAGCAAGUCAGGGACCUCCUUAACACAGAAGGCUUAAGCAGAAGAUAUCCUUUCAUACCUUAUAUAAGAAAACAAUUACUGUUUUGAAUAAGAAUUAUCAUCGAAGCUAAAAAUGUUCAACAUAUCAUGCUUUUUCUAACAUAAUUAUCAUCAGAAACUUAAUUGACUGAUUCCUUCACUAAGACUACAUUAGAAAUACGAAACAGUUCUCAUACGAGACUUAGUGUACCAGAUGCAAGUUUGGUUCGUGUCACCUCAACUUCUGACGUUAUUGAUCUCAUGAAUCUCGGACAAAGGAAUCGUGCUGUGGGUGCAACAGCACUCAAUGACCGAAGUAGUCGUUCACAUAGUUGUUUAACGGUUCAUGUCCAAGGAAGAAAUUUGGCGUCUGGGAGUAUUCUCCGAGGCUGCAUGCAUCUAGUUGAUUUGGCAGGAAGCGAAAGAGUCGACAAAUCUGAAGUGACGGGUGAUCGGCUCAAAGAGGCUCAGCACAUUAACAAAUCUCUUUCGGCACUUGGUGACGUGAUCUCAUCUCUCGCGCAAAAGAACUCACAUGUUCCAUAUAGAAAUAGCAAACUCACCCAACUGCUCCAAGACUCGCUCGGUGGGCAAGCAAAGACGCUGAUGUUUGUCCACAUAAGCCCUGAGCCUGAUGCCAUUGGGGAGACAAUCAGUACACUCAAAUUUGCCGAGCGUGUUGCUACUGUUGAACUGGGUGCUGCUCGAGUUAACAAGGAUUCUGCAGAUGUUAAAGAGCUUAAAGAGCAGAUUGCCAGUCUCAAGGCCGCGUUAGCAAGGAAAGAUGGUGAACCAGUGUCCAUGCCGCAUAAGAUAACUGGCAGCAGCCCAUGUGGCAUCCAAACAUCUCCUUUCCAACCUAAUGUGCUCAGGAAAUCAAUGGAUGAUAUUGCCAACUUAGAGCUAACUUCUCAGGUUAACCGCCAUACUGCAAUGAGGCAAAAGCGGCAAAGCUUGGACUUAGACGAGCUACUUGGGAACACUCCCACAUGGCCUCCCAUAACCAGCCCAUGCAAGACCAAUUUAGACGAUGAUCGAGAAAUAACCUCGGGCGAUUGGGUGGACAAGCUCAUGGUCAACAAGCUAGAGGACAACACUACUGUUCCCAAUGUGAAUUAUCAGAAAUAUCUUUUGGAUUCAUCCAAGUAUUAUCCUGAAAAGCCGUUCGGACUGUUUAAUGCAAAUAAUCAAUUUGACAUUAACGGUGCUGACGAGGUGGAUGAGCUCGAUGCUGGAACAAGUGACUCGUCUGAGCCGGAUUUGCUGUGGCAGUUUAAUAGUUCCAAACUUGGGAGCUUUAACAGUGGAAUUAGUCCCAAGGUCCAGAAGCCUAACUUGAUACAAUCCAAAAGCCCAGAAUUGAGGAGUAUGAUCCCGAAAUUAGCCCCAUCACCAUCCCGAAAACCGACUAAUGAGGCCGGCCAUUUUCCACCUCGGAUAGGAAGACAGAGUACAGAAACGAAGCGUAAAAAUGGGAGUAGAAAGUAGAAGAAUGUGUGCAAGGAGAGAGAAAUCCUCUUCCUCUAAAUUUUUAACUCGAGUGAAAGAGAAUGUGUAGAUUUUUUUGUUUUUAUUUUACUUUUCCUCUUUUGAUUUUUGAGUGAUUUUUCGUACACACCAACAAGGCAACAAUGGCAGCUGCUUGUGUUGGUGGUUCCUCCUUUUUUUUGAAAAAAAAAAAUAAUAAUAACAUGAUUAUCGGUGUUGUAGGCUUUAGAAUUGUAAAAAUUCCACCUGUAUCUUUGAGUGCAUUGUGAUUUGUGAGUGAUUAUUUACAAACAAUAAAUAAAUAUUUGUUUGUUGACACAUUGAAUUCAUAUAUUUACUGAACGGGAUUUGGAUUUUGUA